AGGAGAAGUGGGACUGUAACUGGACUCAAAGUCUCCCUACCCUGCGGCAAAGCGACCAAGAUGCGGUUGCAGAAGCACCUGUGAUCGGAUUUCCCACAACUUUUAAUUUAGGCAUAAUUAUUUUGAAGUAUAACCAGAGCAUAAACAACUCUCCGAAGUGUCACCUGAUAAGCUACUAUGACCUCCAAAGAGCCCACGGUUAUGGAGGACCGGAGACGCAGUGCGCUGAACCAGCUCCCGCAGCCGGCCAACUCCAGCAAGCCCCUGACGCCGUUCAGUAUAGAGGACAUCCUGAACAAGCCCUCGGUGAAGAGAAGUUACUCCAGCUGCGGGACGGCGCACAUGCUCUCCUGCAGCGAGAAGCUGUCCUCUUCGGGUCACAGUCUGUGCAGCCGUGCCUUUUUCACCCAAACCUCCCCACUCUGCGCUCUGGAGGAGCUAGCCAGCAAAACCUUCAAAGGCCUCGAAGUCAGUGUUCUUCAAGCGGCAGAGGGGCGAGACGGCACGACACUAUUCGGUUCGCGGAAUAACCCCAAAAAGCGCCGGAAGUCUCGCACGGCCUUCACCAACCACCAGAUCUACGAGUUGGAGAAGCGAUUCUUGUACCAGAAGUAUCUGAGUCCAGCUGACCGUGACCAGAUAGCACAGCAGCUCGGCCUCACCAAUGCACAGGUCAUCACCUGGUUCCAAAACCGGCGCGCUAAACUCAAACGCGACCUGGAGGAGAUGAAGGCGGACGUGGAGUCGGCCAAAGCCGUGGGCACAGUGUCUUUCGAGAAAAUGGCCAAACUAGCCGAGCUGGAGAAAUGCGCAGCUAACGGCGCGCUGGGCCCUAACAGAGCCGAGUCACCUUCGCUAUUGAACCAUGAGCAUGACACAUCUAACAAACUAUUAUUGUCCUUGCCUUCAUCGCCAUAUACAGACCAUGCUAGCAGUAAGGGCUGCUCCGACGAUGAGGAGAUUGACGUGGAUGACUGAGGAUUUUACCUUUGUAUCUAUCUCCCUCUUACCACGACGAAAGUUUGAAGUGCCAUUAAUGCACCACAUGUACUCAUGAGGCUUUUAUGAAGAACACUCAGCAUCGCAUGGACUGUGUCGUCUGCAACGACAGACGCAGGCAGCUGUUGUAUUCAUCCAUUAAUUUAACCAACGUGGAAU